GCCGGCCGGCGAGCAGGGGAAGGCUGGCUCCCUGCGGCGGGCGGUCGCAGGUCAGGAGGCGGCUGCGCCGGUGGCUCCCCGCGUUCCUGGCUGUGGGCUGCUGGGCGCCCCACGCCAUGUUCUCGGUGCUCUCCUAUGGCAGGCUGGUGGCCCGGGCAGUCCUGGGCGGCCUCUCGCAGACGGACUCCCGUGACUACAGCUUGGUGACAGCCAGCUGUGGCUUCGGUAAAGAUUUCCGCAAGGGCAUCCUGAAGAAAGGCAUGUGCUACGGGGAUGACGCCUGCUUCGUGGCCCGGCACCGGUCGGCAGAUGUGCUGGGGGUGGCAGAUGGUGUGGGCGGCUGGAGAGACUACGGGGUUGACCCCUCUCAGUUCUCAGGGACUCUCAUGCGAACGUGUGAACGUUUGGUAAAAGAAGGACGGUUUGUACCCAGUAACCCUGUUGGGAUCCUCACCGCGGGCUAUUGUGAGCUGCUGCAGAACAAAGUACCUUUGCUUGGAAGCAGUACAGCCUGUAUAGUAGUUCUGGACAGAACAAGUCACCGUUUACAUACAGCCAACUUGGGAGAUUCUGGAUUUUUGGUGGUCAGAGGAGGAGAAGUAGUCCAUCGAUCUGACGAGCAGCAGCAUUACUUCAACACUCCCUUCCAACUGUCCAUAGCUCCGCCAGAAGCAGAAGGAGUUGUCUUAAGUGACAGCCCCGACGCUGCCGAUAGCACUUCUUUUGAUGUCCAGCUCGGAGACAUUAUUUUGACCGCCACAGACGGGCUGUUUGACAACAUGCCUGACUACAUGAUUCUGCAGGAGUUAAAAAAGCUGAAGAACUCCAACUAUGAGAGUAUACAGCAGACUGCAAGAAGCAUCGCUGAGCAAGCUCACGAGCUGGCAUAUGAUCCCACUUACAUGUCGCCGUUUGCACAGUUUGCAUGUGACAAUGGAUUGAAUGUGAGAGGGGGAAAACCAGAUGACAUCACCGUCCUUCUGUCCAUUGUAGCCGAGUACACAGACUGAUCUGACGUUUUCCUUGUCCCCGAGCUCCCGGUGUCACUCACGCGUACGGUUUCCUGCUGGCAGGAUCGCUCUCUUCCUCCGCGCCUGAUCCCAGCAGCCGGUUCUCCAGCUCGUUGCCCGUCACCACGCGAGCGAAGUCCUGGUGAAGAACCACUCUCUGUGACACUGGUCUUCGUCCGCCAGCAAGGAAUGGAGAAGCUCAAGGCUUGAAGCAUGUCUUUCAGAGCUUUGUCGUUGUCCUUAAAAAGGGGGAGGAUCGAUCCCACUGCGCUUGAAAUGUGACUUAACUUUCAAAAGGAGUAGAAUUUGGUUUUAUCACCUUUCAAACUAGAUUCAGUAGGUAAAGCCUCUACCAGAGGGCGCGUUACUCUCUUCACUAGAAACGUUCACUCUUCAUUAAGGGGUAUGUUACAGAACACCUUCCGUAAGCAUAGUCUCGUUAACAGUGAUAGCUGAGGUUUCGUGUUUCUGAGCUCCAGUUUUCAGGAGAUUUAUAACUGCUGUAAACAUUCUGCUCUUGCCAUCCAUGGUGUCAGCCUUAGGAGCCUUUUCUAGUUGGGAAUUUCAAAAAAAAAAAAAAAAAGAAAAAAAAAUCAUACUUAGUUCAAGUUAUAUGGAUGCAAAUGUGUUUUGUGAUUUCAGGUGCUUAACUGUGAUCUUAAAAGUUCUGCAGAUCAUUCGUCCAUAAUGGGCCUGGUAUCUGGAUGUUUUGGCUGUGGAUAAUUCUACUUUAUUUUUUUUAAAAAACAAAAAACUAAAAAAAUGUUACCUCGGUCUCGAGAGGCCGAGCUGGCCAAAGUUGAGGUCCUUUCAGCAUUUUAACCCAUCUCGCCAGGGCGGGGGGAUCCGGCAGAAAUGGGGUUGCACAAAGAACAGAUCAUCCUCGACUCCCAACGUCUCCGCUUCUGGUAGAGAGUUCUGUUGUUAACGAAGCAUAAUUGGUGUUACUAAUUGCCACUCUCGCUUGUGUAGAACAGAACAUGCUGCACCAGUUUUAAGUCCAGUUGAUCCUUAUUUUUCUGACUCUCCAACAAGCACCUCUUUGCUUACGCUGUGGCAGCAGCAGCAGCACGUACCUGAAUGGAAACAAUUAAUGAAUAAUCAGCAAAACUUACAUUUCAGUAACUAAAGUUUAGGGGUUUGGGAAUGAACCUUAAUGAUGUUUACAGGUAUCUAACAGCCACUUUGCAAUAUGACAUUUCCUUUUGAAUGACAGUAGCUCACGUUUGUGUCCCCCCCCCUCCCCGGCCCCGUCCCAGCAAGCUGUCCUUUCCCUUCCCCGAGGUUCAUACAAAAAGCUGAUAGCUGUAAAGAUAUAUAUAUUUUUGGUCAGUUUUUUUCAUUAACUUUUUUGCUGGUAGAAGAGUAUGUAGAAAUAAAUUAAAGCCAUGUUUUUAUAUAUAAAAAGUCGGGUAAUGUUGCUGUUUAGGUGAGUGCAGUUAAACUCGGUCAGUAAGUAAUCUUACCUGCUCUCAAAAGGAGAUUUUUACUACCUGGUUUAUUGUAUUAAAACUGUUUAAGUUUGAGGUUACCUCAACUUGUUUAAAGAAUUUUUGUGGACUUGUACUGUAUAUUUGCGUAACUAUGUCAAGCUUUUAUUUAAGAUCAUUUUAACAUGUACCAUGUACAUGUCAUUUUACUAUAUUUCAAUGCAUCAUGCUUGUAACAGGCAUUUCAUUUAUAAUAAGAGUAAGUGAUUAAUUUGGAAGCUCUUCGGUAAUUUAUCUGCUAUUCCUAAAUUGGCAUAAUGUUAGCUAUUUUCAAUCACCUUGUAAUUACUCAUCAAAAUGCCUUAACUGCCCUAACUUGACCAAAAUACUAUUUUGGUGAGGGUACGGGGAGGAUUAUAUUAAUGAAGAAAACUUAAUUAGUUUUGCCAUCCAUGGAGCAGUGAGCGGUGGGGAACUUUGCACAAAUUGUCAGUCCUUGUUGGUUUUGUUUUUGUUGUUGUGUUUUUGGUUUUUUUGUUUCUUUUUUUUUUUCCAAUUGAACAAGCUGUAUCUCGCUGUCUCGUGAGGAGGAAUGUAUCACGCUGCCGUACAGGGCUUCGUUUCUAGCAUUUGGGAGGGGGGGGUCUCUCUCCAAUCUGGGUGUCUUGACAUUUUACUCUCCAGUAUUUACUAUCGCGCUUCUCCAUUAGAGCAGAUUUGAUCAAUUCUUCUUUCCCUUCAACUUACCUUAAACGCUUGCCCCCGCGGAGCCGGACUGCGCUGCGCUCUCUGACCCCUCGCUCUCAGCACCCUGGGCCCCAGCACCCCCUUCUCCCCCCACCCUUUAUUUUUUUUUCCCCCU